AUGAUAAAUGAUUAAGCUAAAAAGCUUUUAGAUUUUAAUAACCCUAGUGAUUUCAAAGUAUUCUCAAGAAAGUCUAUAAUUUAUAACCGCAUUGAAGAAUCUUAAAAGGAUUAAAAAUAAAAGAAUACUCUUGAAAAUAAGAUAAUUUAGAUAUUUAAGAAUAGUUUAUCAAAUAAUUAAAAGGAUAUAAAAAAUUCUAAUUUAUUAAAAGAAAAAUUAAGUUAAUUAUAAUAAAGAGGUCUUAGUUUUGAUGCUAAUAUGGAUGCUGCCAAUAAUUAUCUAGAAGGUUCAUUUUUUUAUGCUUUAUAUCAAAAGAGUGAAGGAUAAACAUAAUAAAAAUUGUCAAUAAAAGCCUCUACAUUUUAGAAUCAAACUGAUUUUUAUUGUUGUUUAGUUAUAGAAGAAGUGAUAAACUUUAAAAUGUUAUUCAAAAUAUAAACAAUUAAGCUAUUGUCUAAGCAAGCAAGAGAAAAAGUAAAAAGUAAUUUCUUAAAAAAUAUGAAUGAAUUUGACUAAAUAAUAAUUAAUAAUUUAGACAUUUACUCAAAUGGAUAAUUACUAAAUCAAUAAAAAAUAAAACAAAUCUAAAUAUAAGAAGAAGAUUCAAAAUCUAGCUUUAACAAUUAGCAAUCUAAUUCAAGCAAUGAUUUUGAUGAGUUUUAUUUACAAGAUAAAGUUUUAGAUUUAAAUUAAAUAAAGAUAUAGUUUGAGUUACUAUUUGGAGAAUAGGAAGUAUCUAACAUAAUAAAAAUAACAGUGAAAGAUCAUGGUAUAGGAAUGUCUCUAGAUAAAAUAUUAAAGAUGCUUGAAAUUUUGAAUACUAAAAACAUUGAUUUUUCUUCUCAAUAUUUAAAUAAUAGCUUUUUAGGAUGGAAAGUUAAUUAUCAUAUAAUUGGUAACUUGGGUCCUUUUUAUAAUUUCUUCAUAUAAAGCUAAGAAAACUAAGGAUUAGAGUAUCAUUUCUAUAUUUUUUAGGAUAUCAAGAUAUUAAAAGAAAGUAAUCUUUAAUAAAAAAUGGUUUUCAAAAACCAUUAAUUUGAUAUUUCUUUACAAUAGUCUAAUAAGAAUUUUUAUAAUAUCCACAGAAUUGAUGAAUUAUAAGAUUAAGAAAACAUCUCAUUAGUUUACUGA